AUGUCCUUCUCCAACAGUAGUGGCGGCACCCUCGCCCUUCCGUCACCAACGCACGCUCACCAGAUCGAUGUAACAUCGGCCGUACGCACUCUGCGACGCUCCAUGUCCAGAUCUCCCUCAAAGUUUAUCACGCGAACCAACUCACAAAGCUCGGAGGGCUUUGAAGGCUCACAACAUACCUCCCCACAGUCGCCCUGCCGGCGUUUCGGCUCAACACCACAACAUCAGCAACCUCUCCCAUCAAACACCCGGUCGGCCCCGCCUUUCGGAUCCUCCAACCACGCAUCUGUCCCUCACCAGUCAAUAUUUGGCACACCUUUCCGCCCCAGUGUCAGGCUUUCGCUCCGCUCCGCAAAGAAGUCUUCACCCUCAAGACCUCUUACACGAGCACGUGCAUCGCCCAAGAGUCCCUUGAAGAGAGCGCUUAUCAACGCACCGGACAACGGCAAUUCCCUGCCAUCCACGACACCCUCCUCCACUCCCGGCUCACCAGGACAGGAGAACCUCGCCCUGGUAGCGUCUAGCCCCACCCGGCGCAAGAGUUGCGACAUGCGACAGAGUGUUCAUCUGGACGUCUCUGGGUCGUCACCGUCCGCUUUUAACGCCCUCGACACCAACGCCAACAACAAUAGCGAUAACUACAUGGUUUCAAAUACCGGUUCACUGAAGCGCAGUGAUGCGACCAUGAAUCUGGACCAACCCAGCCAAGGAAGCCCCGUGGCUAAGCGGCGGAGUUUGCACGGAAUCACGGGUCUGGUCCAGAAUGAGGACCAGAAUAUUUUUGGAUCCAACACCACCUCUUCUCAGAGCUUCUCCAUUCAUGAAGACUCUGGUUCUGAAUAUGAACUUUCAGGUGCUGGUGGUGCACCUCUUCGCGACCCACUGCCCUCCCCCACGCCGACCGCCAAUGUUCCAAAGCGGUCAUCCUCUUUGCGAAAGUCGACCCUCCAGCAAAGAUAUGGCGAACGGGGAUCUUUGGGUCGGCGAACGGGCGAGCGACAGCUGGCUCAAAUCAGCGCCGACUUCUCACCAGUCCGCAGUCGACCUCGUCUCUCCAUGGACCAAUUCGUCCCUCCACACGUUCGGGACAGUCCUUUCUCAACCUCAACCACCCCCGCUUCCAACCCGCCUAGCUACCUGAUGGACAACAAAAUCCAUCAACCCCACCCUCUUUCAAAGACCUUGUCCACCUCCUCAUCUGGGGGUAGUAUCACUGAGGAGGCGCCAUUUUUUGCGCCUGCGCCAAGGGUUUCUGAUCGCCCGAGACCCCAUCCAUUUUCUAGAUCUCUGCCGCUCAAUGCCACGAGGCCGACACGUUCAAAUGAUCCUAUGAGGUCGAUGGCCACCCCUAACAAGUCGCAGCUGUGGGUGGGAGCCUUCAGCUCGACUGGCCUUAUAUCAAAGGUCAACCGCAACCCUGAGGAGGAGGCCGACAGAAAAAUGGCCCCUCCCGACACUCCAUGCAAGAAGCAUUCAAACCCAUUCGCUACUUUCCCACCACCCGCCGGCAGCGCCAUGAAGAAGAGGGGUAACAACCGAAACUCUUUUGGCGGCCUCCCUUCCACUCCUUUUAACCCCAUAUCUGGCCAGGCACCGAACACUUUUGGAAACCCUGGAAAGGGAUUGGCCAUAUUCCAGCGCGGCAACUCUAGAAGCUCACGUCGUGGUAGUGUGCUGAGUCUGGAUGGUGAGGAGCCGAGGCUCUUUGGGGAAUGCAUUGAUCUCUCCAAUUCCCUAGAGGGUGAUGCCCCUCCUACCCCGACGAAGAAUUCUAUGACUCCCAGCCUGAGCAAUCUCAGCAAUGUCAGCGAACAUUCGCUCGAGAGCCCUAGUGCCAACCGAACCUUGCCUCCUACAUCGGCUGUCCGUCCCAUCAUUUCCCGAGAAUCAACCUGUAAGUCGACCCUCGAGAAACCAAUCUUGUCAAGCACACCGAAUGAUACAUCAUAUCGAUUGGCUCCCGUCGAAUGUGGGAAGUAUCCUACAAUCGGCAUUUCCUGUUCUUCGUUCAGCCGCUCAAGAGCCCGACGAGGCGUUUGUCCUCCGGCGCCUCUAAGCGCGGUUUCUAUAUCCCGUUCCCUCUCUACACAAGAAGUAUAUGCUAAGAUGAAUAUUGUUGAUUCAGCGAGUCCUGUUGAUGGUCGACGAACUCCACAAACACCCCAGGAGAGUUUAUUGCCCUUGGACACAAGCCGGUUGUCUAUUUCUCAGGCAGGCGACAGCUAUUCAGACAACAUGCCGCCCCCAGUUACCCCAACAGCUGGGCGAGAUUUCCGAUCUUCCACAAGCCUCCUCGUCACUCCCAUCAACAUCCGCACGAGCAAUGUUGAUAUUGACACCAGCCUCUACUCCAGGUUCGACAAGGUUGACCAGAUUGGCAAGGGCGAAUUUUCAACUGUUUACCGAGUGACGAAGGUAGACCACCGACAGGUGGCCUUUGAUACAUUGAUUUCGACGACUCCUAGUGAGAGAUCACGUAGCCCGGUAAAGGGCGAGGUCUUUGCCGUGAAGAAGAGCAAGCAGCCUUAUCAGGGCCCGAAAGACCGAGAGACGAAACUCCGAGAAGCCCAGAUCUUGAAGGCUCUAUGCCACGCCGACCACGUGGUAAAGUACAUUGAUGAAUGGGAACACAACCUUCAUCUGUAUAUCCAGACCGAAUUUUGCGAGGAAGGCACUCUUGAUAAGUUCUUGGGAAAUGUCGGACGGGGAGGGCGAUUGGACGAUUUCCGCAUCUUCAAGGUGCUGCAGGACCUCUCCUUGGGAUUGAAGGAAAUCCACGAGGCUGGUUUCAUGCAUCUCGAUCUGAAGCCAGCAAACAUUCUGGUCACUUUUGAGGGAACUCUAAAGAUCGGCGAUUUUGGCCUCGCCCAGGCAUGCACAUCUGCUCAUGGAGUCGAUGUCGAGGGUGACCGUGAAUACAUGGCGCCCGAGAUGCUGAAAGGCAAGGUCGGGCAAUCUGCCGAUGUCUUUUCUCUUGGCCUCAUCAUUCUGGAAACCGCAGCCAACGUCGUGCUGCCGGACAACGGUCCCACAUGGAUUGCCUUAAGAUCGGGUGACCUUUCGGAAGUGCCUAGCCUCACCUGGACUCCGUCGAUUGAGGUCCAGCGAGACGCUGCUGGCAACCCUACCGAAUCUGUUCAUAGCGACGAAUUUUCGAGCGGAAAGACACACGACCCCAGCAACCUAUUCGGCUCAUUUAAGCGAUCGGAGAUGGAGCAUCCUCCCGACUUCAUGGUCAACGCAUUCGAUCCUAGCUCUCUUGACUCCGUCGUUCGAUGGAUGACGGCACAGGAGCCUGAAGAUCGAUCCUCUGUGCAACAAGUGCUGGAGCUCGAGGGACUCCGAUGGGUAGCCGAUCGUCGCGCUGCCCCUGCGACGGUGUACGAAGGAUGCUGGGGUCCUGCUGAGCUGUUCCCUGUGUCUAUCGCUGUGGACAGUGACACGGAAAUGACGGAUGUUUGA